GAGUGCUCGCCCCAUCCCAACUGCUCCAAUUAGCUGUACCAGAGGUGGAGUAAUCCGAUAAAACAGAGAGCAGGACUCCCCCCAUCCCAACACUUUCAGUCCGAGCAGGCAAGGGGAGCAAGCUGAAAUCUCAGCUGUGCUUCUGCUGGUACAAAUACAGCUCCCUUCCUCUCCGCUCCUCUGCUUUGUGUAACUGAUGCCUGCAGCCUGCAGCCUGUAGCCUACGGCUAACGGUUCUUCAGAACGAAGGGCAGCAUUUCCUAAAUAGUGUGCGACAGUUAACACUGAGUACAGGGAGCUUUCCCGUGCCAAAAUGACGGAGCGCUUCGACUGCCACUACUGCAAGGAGUCUCUGUUCGGGAAGAAGUACGUCCUGCGAGAGGACAACCCGUACUGCAUCAAGUGCUACGAGAGCCUGUACUCCAACACCUGCGAGGAAUGCAAGAAGCCCAUUGGCUGCAACUGCAGGGAUCUGUCCUAUAAGGACCGCCACUGGCACGAGACCUGCUUCCACUGCUUCCAGUGCAAGCGCUCGCUGGCCGACAAGCCCUUCUCCACCAAGGACGAGCAGCUCCUGUGCACCGAGUGCUACUCCAACGAGUACUCCUCCAAAUGCCACGCCUGCAAGAAGAUCAUCAUGCCUGGCUCCAAGAAGAUGGAGCACAAGGGGAACAGCUGGCAUGAGACCUGCUUCACCUGCCAGCGCUGCCAGCAGCCAAUCGGCACCAAGAGCUUCAUCCCCAAGGACAGCCAUAACUUCUGCGUGCCCUGCUACGAGAAGCAGUUCGCCAUGCAGUGCGUGCACUGCAAGAAGCCAAUCACCACUGGCGGAGUGACCUAUCACGACCAGCCCUGGCACAAAGACUGCUUCCUGUGCACCGGCUGCAAGCUGCAGCUGGCCGGCCAGCGCUUCACCUCCCGCGACGACUUCGCCUACUGCCUCACCUGCUACUGCAACCUGUACGCCAAGAAGUGCGCGUCCUGCACCACGCCCAUCAGCGGCAUGGGGGGGAGCAAGUACAUCUCUUUCGAGGAGCGCCAGUGGCACAACGACUGCUUCAACUGCAAGAAGUGCUCCGUGUCCCUGGUGGGGCGGGGCUUCCUGACCGAGAGGGACGACAUCCUGUGUCCCGAGUGCGGCAAAGACAUGUGAGGCGCCCCCCCCAGCCCUCCCCCACCCCCCCA